UUGUGGCGACUGUGUUAGUGAAUGACAGCUAGGCUAGCGACUAGAUUAUCAAUUUACUGUUGUUUAGACCAUAAUACCAAUAUCAAAAUGUUUGAGGAGGCUAGUGAGGUGUUCGAUAACAUGUUUAAGUCCUCUUUCCCCCUAACUUUCAUUGUGUUUAUCCCCGCGGUGCUGAUUCUCGUCUCACCCCUUCCAGCCGAAGCGGCACAUGAAUUCACCGUGUACCGCAUGCAGCAGUAUGACCUGCAGGGACAACCGUACGGGACCAGGAAUGCCAUAUUGAACACAGAAGCGCGCACUGUGGAGGCGGAAGUGCUAAGCCGCCGCUGUGUCAUCAUGCGGCUGGUGGACUUCUCCUAUGAGAGAUACCAGAAAGCCCUGCGCCAGUCCGCUGGGGCUGUGGUCAUCAUUCUCCCCAAGAAUAUGUCCACCAUGCCGCAGGACAUAGUACAGCAGUUCAUGGAGCUGGAGCCAGAGAUGCUGGCCACAGAGACCAUUGUUCCGGUUUACUUUGCUCUGGAGGAUGAUGAGCUGCUCUCCAUCUACACACAGACCCUCACCUCCUCCUCCUCCCAGGGCUCCUCCUCUGCAGCUGAAGUGCUGAUCCACACAGCCACAGCAAAUGGCUUUCAGAUGGUGACGAGUGGGGCUCAGAGCAAGGCAGUGAGUGACUGGGCCAUUACCAGUCUAGAGGGGCGACUGGCUGGAACUGGGGGAGAGGACCUGCCCACCAUUGUCCUGGUGGCUCACUAUGACUCCUUUGGUGUCGCUCCGUGGCUGUCCUAUGGAGCAGAUUCUAACGGCAGUGGGGUGUCUAUGCUGCUGGAGUUAGCCAGGCUCUUCUCCAGACUCUACACCUACAAGAGGACACACGCUGGAUACAACCUGCUUUUCUUUGUCUCUGGAGGAGGGAAGUUCAACUACCAAGGAACCAAGCGCUGGCUGGAGGACAACCUGGACCAUACAGACUCUAGUCUGUUGCAGGACAAUGUGGCAUUUGUGUUGUGUCUGGACACCCUGGGGAACGGGGACAGUCUGCACCUUCACGUGUCCAAACCCCCUAAAGAGGGAACCGCCCAGUAUGCCCUGCUCAAAGAGCUGGAGACUGUAGCAUCCAACCAGUACCCAGAGGUCAAGUUCUCAAUGGUGCACAAGAAGAUAAACCUGGCGGACGACACACUGGCGUGGGAACACGAGCGCUUCGGGAUCCGCCGGCUGCCGGCCUUCACGCUGUCCCACCUCAACAGCCACCGCGAGGUGCAGCGCUCCAGCAUCAUGGACGUGCGGUCAGUGUCUUCUGAACAUGGAGCGGGAGAGCCCCCUGCUGGACCUCAUGUGGAUCUGAGAAAGCUCAGCAGAAACACAAAGCUGAUUGCAGAGUCGCUGGCCAGAGUCAUCUACAACCUCACGGAGAAGGGUGCCCCAGGUGACCUACAGAUUUUCACUGAACAAAUGCAGAUGCAGGAGGAGCAGCUGUCGUCGGUGGUGGACUGGCUGACAGCCCAGCCGCGGGCUGCCCAGCUGGUGGACAAGGACAGCAGUGUGGUCAGCACCCUGGAGUACCACCUGGGACGGUACCUGAAGGACGUCCGCAGGCACUACGUCAAGGCUGACAAGAGAGACCCAGAGUUUGUCUUCUACGAUCAGCUCAAACAGACCAUGAAUGCUUACAGGGUGAAACCAGCCAUCUUUGACCUGCUUCUGGCAUUCUGCAUCGCAGCUUACCUCGGAGUGAUAUAUCUGUCCAUCCAGCACUUUGUGGUUCUCUACAGUGUGGUGCGCAGAAUCACCACACCCAAGACCAAGCAGCAUUAAGACACUCCUCUUCCUCAUUCAGACUCCUCACUCACACCGACAACGAGCUCGAGCCAGUAACAAAACGGGGGCGGACCAAGCAGCUCAUCUUUUUUUUCUUUUUGUACCACCCAAUCUAUGUCCUUUGUUCCUCUUUGGAAAUGAAAUGUGUUGAAUCAUUUACAUUUACGUCAUUUGGCAGACGCUCUUAUCCAGAGCGACUUACAAAUUGGUGAAUUCAUCUUAUGACAUCCAGUGGAACAGCCACUUUACAAUAGUGCAUCUAAAUCAUUUAAGGGGGGGUGAGAAGGAUUACUUUAUCCUAUCCUAGGUAUUCCUUAAUUCCACAUUCUCUCUACCAAGUUUAGCCAUCUAGUCAGUUCCUGGCUGUCAAGUUAGAAUGCACUCUGGUCUUCCUGUCCCCGUGAAAUCAGAUGUCAAACAUUUCCUCGUACGCCCAAUCCCACAUCAACUCCUAGUCCCUAAACCCUAUUUUCCCCUAUGAUCUGAGAGAAUUUGAUAGGUGUUAGAAAUAUGGUAAUAGCGUUACCUUGUGCUCAGAUAGGCUAGGUGACAUUUUCACCAGUUUGCUUAUACCUAUCCAGUCCUCUCCAUAAGGAGUAGGUACUAGGGGUUGAUGUGAGAUUGGACAUUUCUAUACACACAGCUCACUCCUCAGUGCCCUUUAGUGUGAAUUUUGCCAAACUACAAUGGGUCGUCUUCUUGGGCAGCUAUGGAGUAGCAUGAGUGUGCAGGAGUAGCAGUGAGACUUGGUAAUAUUGUUUGGAUGGAUGGUUGAUAUAUUUGGUCACCCUGACUAGAUUUAUUUUUCUAUAGGAUUCAUUUUUUUCUUUAACCCCAAUGAACUAAUUAAAUAAUGCUUUCAGAAAGUAUUCAUACACCUUGACUUAUUCCACAUUUUGUUGUUACAGCCUGAAUUCAAAAUGGAUUAAAAAAAAAUCUCACCCAUCUACACACAAUACUCCAUAAUGACAAAGUGAAAAAAUGUUUUAACAUUUUGUAGCAAUUUUUUUGCACAACCCUGAGUCACAUGUUAGAAUCACCUUAGACAGUGAAUACAGCUGUCAGUUUUACACACCUGGAUUGUACAAUAUUUGCACAUUAUUCUUUAUAAAAUUCUUCAAGCUCUGUCAAGAUGAUUGUUGAUCAUUACUAGACAGCAAUUUUCAAGUCUUGCCAUAGAUUUUCAAGACGACUUUAAGUCAAAACUGUAACUAGGCAACUCAGGAACAUUCAAUGUCGUCUUGAUAAGCAACUCCAGUCUAUAUUUGGCCUUGUGACUCCCAAUGUUUGUUGGAAAGCAGACUGAACCAGGUUUUCCUCUAGGAUUUAGUCUGUGCCUAGCUUUAAUCUGUUUAUUUUUAUCCUAAAAACUCCCUAGUCCUUGCAGAUGACAAGCAUACCCAUAACAUGAUGCAGCCACCACCAUGCUUGAAAAUAUGAAGAGUGGUACUCUGUGAUGUGUUGGAUUUGCCCCAAACAAAGCGCUUAGUUAAUUUCUUUCUCACAUUUUUUUGCAGUAUUGGAGUAUUUAAAAAAAAAAUUGUGUACAGGCUUCCUUCUACUCACUCUGUCAUUUAGAUUAGUAUUGUGGUGUAACUACAAUGUUGUUGAUCCAUGCUCAGUUUUCUCCUAUCACAGCCAUUAAACUCUAACUGUUUUAAAGUCA